AUGAAUGGACUUUUUGUGCUCUUUCUUCUAACCUAUUUAAUCACUGUGACUGUAAACCUCCUUAUUAUUGUCUUGGUCCUUUUUGACUAUCAUCUGCACAACCCAAUGUAUUUUUUUCUUGCCAACUUAGCUCUUAUAGAUGUGUCUUUCGUGUCAGUCACGGCACCAAAGAUGCUCUUUGAUUUGGUCUCCAAAAGCCAAUCAAUAUCUCUCUCUGCCUGCAUAGCCCAAGUAUUUUUCUUUGUCUUCUCUGUCAGCUCAGAGCUCCUCUUGCUCUCGGCCAUGUCCUAUGACCGUUACGUUGCCAUCUGUCACCCACUACAUUACACACAAAUGAUGUCUUGCAGAGUCUGUGCUCAUAUGGCUGCUGCAGUUUUUGUGAUUAGCUGUCUUUACUCUUUAAUGCAUACCCUCUUUUUGCUCAGGUUGUCCUUUUGUGGUCCUAAUAUAAUUUACAAUUUCUUUUGUGACCUUCCACACUUGUUCCAGAUCACAUGCAUAGACCCCUUCAUAAACAUGUUGGUCGAACGCAUAGGAGGUGGUGGUUAUGGAUUUGGAGCCUUUGUUUGUACUGUGUUUCCAUAUGUCCGUAUUUUCAUUACCAUUCACAAAAUUUGUAACAUAACUGGGAAGUCUCUCAAGUUCAAUGACGUCCUUUCUGUGGAUCGGUGCCCAAAACUGAACCAGAUGCUCAAGAUAAGGCCAGACCCGUGUUUUCUAUAG